AUGCGGGGCGGCGGCCGGCCGCUGGGGCGGGCCGGGCUGGCGCUGCUCCUCAUGGCUGCCGCGGCCUGGGCGGGGAGGAGGCCGCGGCCAGUCGCUCCCGGGGGCCAGCCCCGGCCCAGCGUGGUGCUGGUGGCCUGCGACUCCUUGUUAAAACAGCACAUUUUGUCACCCUUUUCUCACUGUGCUUCUGUCUGCCCACCCAGCAUUCUGGAAAUGCUUUUAUCAAGGUUUUACUUUGGGGAAAGGAAAAGCCUUGGUUUCUCUGCCUCAUCUGAGCUCUCGUUCCUGUUAAAUCAAACAAAAGCUCCAUCGUAUUACUUCCAAGGACUCUCACAUCUCAUCACUUCUCAUUCACUGUUGAGAAAUCAACACUUGGCACCCAGUCAUCUCAGUAUGCCAUCCUUGACAGCAUGGGAUGGACGCUUGACAUUUCAUCCAGGAAAUCAGACUGUGGAUUUGCCUUUCAUAAAUUUUAUGAAAAGAUACGGCACAGUCUUUCUCAAUGCCUAUACCAAUUCUCCAAUUUGUUGUCCUUCCCGUGCAGCUAUGUGGAGUGGUCUUUUCACUCAUUUGACAGAAUCUUGGAAUAACUUCAAAGGUCUAGAUCCAGGUUAUGUAACGUGGAUGGAUCUCAUGGAGAAGCAUGGCUACCGUACACAGAAGUUUGGGAAAUUGGACUAUACUUCUGGACAUCAUUCAGUAAGUAACCGUGUAGAAGCCUGGACGAGGGAUGUUGACUUCCUGCUCCGGCAAGAAGGGAGACCCAUGGUGAAGCUUACUGGUGAUAAGACACAUGUGAGAGUGAUGGAAGCAGACUGGCGGACUACUGAUAAAGCAGUAGAUUGGAUAAAGGAAGAAGCCAUUAACCUUACUCAACCAUUUGUACUUUACUUGGGACUAAAUUUACCACACCCGUAUCCAUCACCCUAUGCGGGAGAAAAUUUUGGAUCCUCUACAUUUUUAACAUCUCCCUAUUGGCUUGAAAAGGUAACUUAUGAAGCUAUUAAAAUACCCAAGUGGUCUUCUUUUUCAGAGAUGCAUCCAGUAGACUAUUACUCAUCUUACACCAAGAAUUGCACAGGAGAGUUUACAAAGCAAGAAGUGAGAAAUAUUAGAGCAUUUUAUUAUGCGAUGUGUGCGGAGACAGAUGCUAUGCUGGGUGAGGUGAUUUCAGCUCUGAGAGAUACUGGGCUUCUUAAAAAAACAGUCGUUAUAUUCACGGCAGAUCAUGGAGAACUUGCUAUGGAACACCGGCAGUUCUAUAAAAUGAGCAUGUAUGAAGGAAGUUCCCAUGUUCCUCUCUUAGUUAUGGGGCCAGGCAUAAAAGAACAGCAGCAAGUACCAGAUGUGGUAUCUCUUGUGGAUAUAUAUCCUACUAUGCUUGAUAUAGCAAGAAUUCCUGUCACACAGAACCUUAGUGGACAUUCUCUGAUGCCGCUGCUUUGUGGAAAGGCUGAAAAUGAAGUCUCACCCAGAGGGCCACGGCCCUCAUGGGUGUUGAGUGAGUUCCACGGAUGCAAUGUGAAUUCUUCCACGUACAUGCUUCGAACUGGCAAAUGGAAAUAUAUCGCGUACUCAGAUGGCCGUUCAGUACUUCCACAACUGUUUGACCUUUCUGAUGACGCAGAUGAGCUAACAAACGUUGCCGUGAAAUUCCCAGUAAUUGUACAUUCCUUGGACAAAAUACUCCGCUCUAUAGUAAAUUACCCAAAGGUCUCCUCUUCUGUUCAGGAGUAUAACAAAAGACAGUUUAUCAUUUGGAAACAAAGUUUGGGGCAGAAUUACUCAAAUGUUAUUGCCAACCUUAGGUGGCAUCAAGACUGGUUAAAGGAACCACAAAAAUACGAGAAUGCAAUUGACAAGUGGCUUGGUCAAAGUGAAUAAAUAAAAACAACCUAGCUUUCAUACAACUGGGGAUAUGAAAACAUUCUGCAUUUGUAAUGUUAUGAUGUAUUUCAAGUGUUCGAAUUAGUCUUAUAUAAGCUAUUGAAAGCCAAGAUGCCUGAACAAUUACCACUUUGUGUUAGAAACCCAAAAGCAUUUUAUAUAACUAGCCAGCAAAACAAAUCUAGAUUUUUACGUGUUAUAAUUCUGUAACACCUAUGUAUACAUAGGAAGAAUAGUGCAUAAGUACUGACUGUGUGUGUGGAAUAUUUAGGUUGUUGCAAAAAUGCAGACUAUUAAGCAUUAGAACUCAACAGGAAUUUCCAUUUCUAAGGACAGACUGAAGCAAGGGUUAUAGAAUUUAGUGUAGUGUAGUGAAAUGUGCUGGAGCCCGCUUACCAUCAAGAAGGAUUUUAAGUCCACAAUGAGUACAUAUUCAUCCAUUUUAAAGAAGCUAUAGUGGUUAAACUGUAAUCAAAAAGUUAACAACUAGUAUUGGUCUGAACUUAGAUGCAGUUUAUUCAAGUACUUACUAUGUCAGCGUUCCUUUUUUAUACGUGACUGACUCUCCAUCUUCUCAAGAUCUGCCUUCUGAUCUCUUGCUUUUGGAUCUGGUGCUUGUCACUCCUUGCUGUUUAAAAUUUCAUAAUACGCAUAGGCUACUAAUUGAGCAUGUGUGCAAGUGAAGCGGAAUCUGGUCUCUGGUCACCGUCAGAAAUUUUAAAAAAGACAACAAACAAACAAACAAACAAAAAACCCUCUGACAAACGCGAGUAGAGCAGCUCUCUGAGAAGGCACAGUGUGAUUUGCAUAGCAUAAAAUGAAAACUGCUUGAAUAGGUCUCGUUACACAGCUAGAUUCUGCAGGCAAAUGUUUUAAUGCACGUCAAUGAGUGGAGGACUGGAACCGGCAAUGUACACAGAGGAGAUGCAAUUGAAUCUUGCAGAAAAAGUCCACAUAAAAAUACUAUUAUUACAUUUUUCCAGGGAUGUGAUAAGAAAACAAAACAGUUUUGGAAGAAGGUAAGGUUUAGCUAGUAAUUCUUCUGCUUAAGGAACAAUGUAAUUGUAGCAGCACUUAUGAUUUUGCUUAUUCUUGAUCACAAUUGUUGCUGCUAUAGUAACAACUCAGGAUGACAUUAUACUUCAUACCUAAACGCUUUCUGGAAUCUGUAGUGAAAUACUCAGCAGUGGCAGUAAGCCAGUAAAAACAAACAUGAAAUUUACGUGUCUGUUCUGAUGGCGAAGCACUCUACGUGCAUUUCGUAAACUACUUACCACCACACUAGAAUUAGGUACCCGUUUGUGAAUAAUUUGUCUGGUUUAUUUUUUUGUGUUCAUAGAACAUUAAGGCUAACCUUGUACUACAUACCGCUAUGGUAGCUUUUUGAGGGCAAGGAACAAAUUAAUAGUUAAACCUUCAAACAAUGUGGCACGAAAUAAUUUCCACAAAAAACAUAUCUUAGCAGUGUGAUGUUAAACAGCUGCAUGAGAAAAUAAAAUGAAUAUAUCCAUAUGAAGGCUCAUUCAGCAGGGAAAAGAAUAAAUAAAUUGAUCACUUUCCAGAGGUCUGGACAGAACGCAGUACUUUGUACAGAAUACAGCAAAAUAAAAUUAUGGUGAACUGGA